AUGCCUACCAUUUCCGUCGAUAAGGCGGAGCUCUUUAAGGAGCUCGGCCGCGAAUACACCACCGAGGAGUUCGACGAGCUGUGCUUCGAAUUCGGCAUUGAGUUGGACGAGGACACGAGCCAGAGCACAAAGCCAGAGGACCUGGCGCAACCACCGCAGCUGAAGAUUGAGAUUCCGGCGAACCGAUAUGACAUGCUCUGCUUCGAGGGCAUUGCCCUGAAUCUCAAGGUCUUCUUGGAGAAGGAGAAGUUGCCCAAAUGGCAGGUUACACCGCCGAAGGAUGGACAGCUCCAGGAGUUGCACAUCAAGCCCGAGACUGCCCAAAUCCGCGAACUCUGCUCUGGUGUCAUUCUGCGAGGCAUCACCUUCACACAAGCACGAUACGACUCCUUCAUUGCAUUACAGGACAAGCUGCACCAAAACCUGGCUCGCCAGCGUACAUUGGUCUCCGUUGGAACCCAUGACCUUGAUACGAUCAAGGGCCCCUUCACAUACGAGGCUCUGAAGCCGGAGGACAUCGAGUUUAUCCCCCUCAAUCAGACGAAGAAGAUGAACGCUAGGGAACUUAUGGAGUUUUACGAGGUGCUGCGACUGACGUUUGGACAGAAAGACAAGCACCUCGGUCGCUUCCUGCACAUCAUUAGAGAUUCGCCAGUAUACCCUGUCAUCUACGAUGCAAACCGAACUGUUCUCUCGCUCCCGCCCAUCAUCAAUGGAAACCACAGCAAGAUUACACUGGACACGAAGAACGUCCUUAUCGAAAUCACAGCAACCGACAAGACAAAGGUUGAAAUUGUGAACCACAUGCUCAUUGCCAUGUUUGCAGGAUACGCCGAGUCGAUAGAGGCAAUCAAGAUUGUUUCUCCUCACAACAGCGAGUCAAGGAUCUCGCCAGACCUCUCACCGCGCGAGUGGAAGGCUGAGGUUGAUUACCUCAACAACGUCACAGGUCUCGAUCUUUCCCCAGAGGAGAUCUCCGUACUCCUCUCCAAGAUGGGCCACGAUGUAACACCUUCGAAGACGGACAAAAACAUCCUUGACGUCUCCGUCCCCAUCACAAGAGCCGACAUCCUCCACCAAGCCGACAUCAUGGAGGACUACGCCAUCGCGUACGGCUUCAACAAGUUGCCUCGCGUCUACCCGAACAAGACUGCUGCCGUAUCUGCCCCGCUUCCUAUCAACAAGCUCGCUGAUAUUGUGCGCCUCGAGUCCGCAUCCGCCGGCUGGACUGAAGUUAUGCCGCUCAUUCUGUGCUCGCACGAGGAGAACUUUGAAUGGCUGAACCGCGUUGACGACGGCAAGACAGCCAUCAAGCUUGCCAACCCCAAGACUGCUGAAUACCAGCUCGUCCGCACAUCACUUCUGCCCGGUUUGUUGAAGACGAUCAACUCGAAUAAGCACCACUCGGUGCCGAUGAAGAUCUUCGAAGUCAGCGACGUCGGCUUCAAAGACGAGACCAAGGAGCGCAAGAGCCGGAACGAAAGGCACUUUGCUGCGGCUAUCAUGGGUAAGACAUCUGGAUUUGAGCAGGUACACGGUCUCAUGGACCGCCUGAUGCUUAUGCUUCGAUCGAAGUUCACGACAAGAGAAGAUGGCCUGAAGAAUGCUGCACUGGAGGGCUACUGGAUUGAAGAAGUCGAGGGUAAGACAAUAAAGUCCUUCCACUAUUUGUUGUCACGUACUAAUUCUUGUCCAGACAAGACUUUCCUUCCAGGGCACGCAGCGUCCAUCAAAAUCAAUCUUGCUGGCAAGAACCACACUAUCGGCGUCUUCGGUAUCUUGCACCCCAGCGUAUUGCAGAAAUUCGAGCUGCCAUACCCCGUUAGCACAGUUGAGUUCAACCUCGAGAUUUUCUUGUAG